UUUCUCUAGCCAAAACUUGGCCAAGUGAAUGACUGUACAUAUAAUAGACAGUGUCAGUGAACAGUGAUCAUGGCUAUGGACACUAUGGCAGUGGAGCUGCCUGACCUGAACACGCUGGCGCCCCAGGUGCCAGUGGAGGAGACUGCUGAGGAAAAAUACGAGCGGUUACUCCGACGAGCGAAGGCCGAGGACCUAAGCGAGGUGUCCGGCAUCGGCUGCCUGUACCAGAGCGGCGUCGACCGGCUCGGGCGACCCGUCGUCAUAUUCAUCGGCAAAUGGUUCCCCAUCGGCGACAUCGACCUUGACAAAGCACUACUGUACCUGAUCAAGUUAUUGGACCCAAUCGUCCGCGGCGACUACGUGAUCGCAUACUUCCACACACUCGCCUCUUCCGGCAACCACCCGCCCUUCUCCUGGCUGAAGGAGGUCUACACCGUGCUGCCUUACAAAUAUAAGAAGAACCUGAAAGCGUUUUAUAUUGUACAUCCCACAUUCUGGACGAAGAUGAUGACGUGGUGGUUCACGACGUUCAUGGCGCCGGCCAUCAAGGCUAAGGUGCACACGCUGCCCGGCGUCGAGUUCCUCUACUCCGUGAUGGCGCGCGACCAGCUCGAGGUGCCCGCCUUCGUCACCGAGUACGACAUGACGAUAAACGGUCUACACUACUUCCAGCCAGACACGAACAGCACGUAAACGUAACUAUACGUAUGUACGUAACUAUACGUGUAGUACGCUACGAGUUCGCCUCACGUGGGGUCGCCGCGUCGCUCAUCUUCGCAGUUCAUUACAAAUAGUACACCAUAUACCAUACCUACCUAUGUAAUAUACCAAAGACUAGGAAUCCUGCAGACAUAGCAUAGUAGCGCUACCCCCUCUGCCACAAAUAUACGGUAGUUUUACUCCAUUUUCGAUCAAGUGUGUUUGUGUGACGCCCGUGUCUUUGAACGGACCAAUCACAGCACGGGACUCGCUCACCUCGUCCCUGCUCCCCUGUAUUAUUGGCAGCAUCAUCAUGAAAUAAUUGCUCUAAGCUCCGUCUAGAGGAUUCCUAGUUUGUUAUAUACCUACCACUACCAUCGUUCAAGCUGUUAACUGACAAUUCAUACACCUUAAUGAAAGGACAUAAGGUCCAUCUUCAGUUAAGAAUGUUGUUCCCAGAAAUCCUAGCGUAGCAGAUAUUUUUGUUAUACUGUUUAUAGAAACGUGGAAAAAACUGUGCUGUGGAAAUAGUCACUAGAUGGCGCUAUUCAAGUUUCCCUUUUCGCCCAUUCCUUUACGAGUGCGCUAUCUAAGUAUCUAUCUUCGCAGCACUAUUUUUGCUAUGAUGAGUGUACAUUAAAAAUCAAGAAUAAAUGUUAAGAUAGCCAGAUAUACCUAAAAACAGUUUUUGAACGUACUUUGUAGUUAAUAUCGCUACUGCCUAGAUUGCCUAGAAUUUCUAGGCUAGAAAAAUGUAUAAAGGUAGUCGAAAAUGUAUAAAUAUCGAGAGAGAACUAAAUUUUAAUAUAUUAAAAAGUUCGAAAAAGAGAGAUAAAUAAUAUUUUCUCUAUAAAAUUGUUCUCGUAAGGCUACGACGGUAUUUAAAUUAUCUGAUCUGGCAUAUUUUUUUCUGAUAAUUCUUCAAAACCUGCCAAUUCUUUGUAAUAGAUUUCUGAGGGACUACCGCGAGCCACGUUCGACGUGUUGCCUCCCUGUCACACUUACGUACGAAUUAACAAGUGCGACAAAGAGGCAGUACGUCGAACGUGAUUCGCGGUAGGCCCUCUGUUAAUUUAAAUUCUGUAUCGUCUGCAGAUAGCUUUAAUAAAAUCACUUACUAUGGUUUCUUAACUGCAAAGAUGACUAUCGUCGGCAUUAUAUUUAAUUUGUAAGAAAAAUGUAACAAUCCUUAUUUGUGUUUUAUAAAUUAAGUGAAUAAAAAUAUAGAGGAAAAAAUAAGAAACAUUUAGUCAGGCCAAGAUAACUCUGCAGCAAUUUUUAUAGCUGCAGAGUUAUCUCGGUCUGACUCUGUGUCGAUGGUGGCAUAAGUAAUUCCAAAUUCUAAUUUUGAUUUGAUAACCAACCAGUCGGUUAUCUAAAUCAGAAUUAAGUUUGUAAUAUUGGCCAGUGUUUUGUAUCUCUUAAGAAUUUCAGUGAAAUCUGUAAAUAAUUCAAUUAUUUAAAUAUUUUACUGAACUCGUUUGUUAACACUAUAUCUUAGUAUUAGAGGUGCAUUUUAUAAUUAUUUAGUCAUAAUAAUGAUUGCCUGGUCAUAAUGUUCUUGUAGGGCGUGUACCUACUUAGGUUUGUUGCUAUUAUCUACAACGUGUGUACACGGCUUUAUAGAUUUUUGGCACUAUGCCCUUGUUCUUUUUUUUUUUCAACGAGUGUACUGCAAUUUUAAAAUAUGCCAUUAAUCAAGAAUGAUACUUAAUUUGCUAUUUUUCAAAUGAAUUUGCCUUUCAGGAAACCAUUGGCCUAGUUUUUUUUCAUAACUUACAAUCUGUCCUAUAUCAAUUCGAUCCUGCGACAGGGUAUUCGUUUAGCGCAUAGUUUUAUUUUUACCGUACGGAGUAGGUUUUAUAUUAGCUAAGCUUUACGUAGACAUCUUGUACCUAAUGAUGUAAUUAAAGGCAGUAGGGGUAGUAAACCUAACCUUAAAACUCAUAAUUAAAAAAAAAACAACGGGUUGCACUCCGGGAGUGCCGGCAGAAGUGAAAACUCAAUGACAUUGUAACAGUUUUUCGAUCAGAUCACGUGUCCGUCUUUCGAAUCUUACGGUCACGUGACCUGUCGCGAGUUUGUCAUUUUUCCCCAUCACAAAAAGUGCACAGCGCCGCUAAAGAAGUAUUCACUUCAAAAAGAAAUAAUUCAAAUUCUUAACAAUGUUGCCAACAUCCAAAAGCCAUAGACAAUUCUCGUGUUCACUACUCCUGCGUGUUUACGUUGAAAGGUGCUUGAUAUUUUUUGCAUAUGAGAUUUUAUUUUUACAUUAAGUAGAUUAGAUAUCGGGAGAAAUAUAAAUUAAUCGUAUGUAAAUAUGCUGUUGACGUUUUAACAGUUUUGUGAGUUCACCGCCAGUGUUGAACGCAAAAUAUUAGAUACACAUCUUCUUCUAAACUACCACGAUAGUAGGAAAAUGUAACGUUAUUUGGGGAAAGCUAUCUAUCUUAUGACGCUUAAACAUAAUCAUAAUCAUGUCUUUAUGUUUAGUGUCAUAAGAUUGCCCUUUCAUUAGAUUUUCAUUUGUACAGUCGCCAUCAGAUUUAUCGGAGCGGCCAAGGUGCUCACAAAUAUCUGAACACGCCUCUAUUGUUAAGACGUUAGAGAGCGAGUUUAGAUAUUUUUGGGCAACUUGGCCGCUCCGUUAUAUCUGAUGGCGACUGUACAUGGCAAUUUAAUUUUAUGAUUGCCCUAUACGACACGAGGUACCAAUUCAGCCUCAUAAGGCCCACGGUCCUACCUGUAGUACUUUACUUCAAUGUAAUUUAAACUGUCUUCAAUUGGAACAAAGUUGCAUAUUGCGUGCUUUGAAUUCCAACGAAACAAAUUAAAUUUAACCAUAUUUAGUACACUAUUGGUUUCAAUUUCAUUUGUCAUUUUGUCUUGUAUGGUGGGCCCUAAGGUUAGGACAUUGGGCUAUGUUGUAUCAAGUCAUAUUGAGACGCAUUUCAAUGUCUGUUUAUUUCUCUUUUCUAACGAACAUUUGUAGGAAAAUGCCAAUUGUUAUUAACCACUGCCUCCACGUCGGGUGAGAUUGUAAAUUCAGUGAGAUUUCAUAAUGUAUCUGGUCUUAGAUGAGAUAUUUUUGUAUUUAUCAAAUAGCACCAACAGUUUGUUAUUAUAAUGUUUAUAGCACUGACACCAUGUGAAUGUGUUAGAUAGUGGCGCCGCCUAGCGUGUGAUUUUAAACAAUAGUAUGCUCGCAAAUUGAUAUCUAUCUCUUUCAAACAGUGUAUAAUGUAAGAAUUACAAUAGGCCUUAGUCAAAGAAAAAAAACGAUAUUUAAUUUGGAUUAUUCCUAGUGUUACCAAAGAUAACAACUGGGUGGUAAUAUCUAGGAAACACGCAAUAGUUACACUAGGUGGCGCUUUGAAAGCCUCAUAAUAUUGUGCAUUCCUAGCGCUUUCGUAACGCCAUCUAGUGAAACGUUUUAAUUAUGGUUAGGGAGGCGAGGUAGCUAAAUGGCGUAAUUCAACGGCGCCGUCGAGACCUAUCAAAAUCGAAAGAUAAAAUAAUUUCGAAAAGAAAAGCUCGUAUGGCAAAAACCAUUUUAGCGGUGGGUUUGGCGUGUACGGUUUUUCAAAAAUGUUAAAAAAAACAGUUACUUGGGCAUUCUCGAGCGCGUCAGAUAUUCAUACUACGCAUGCCCCGAGUGCCUCUGAUAACAACGGUAUACUAAUCUGCCGGUUUGCGUGGUGGGGGUAGGCAUAUAAAGUAGUCAAAAAUGCAAAAAAAAAAAUUUACUCUAGCGCGUCAGAUUUUCGGAAGGGGUGUUAAGUAGGCCCCAAGGAAGCUUCCUUUAAAAAAACUGACGAUUUCGGCGUGACGAUAAGUAACGAUGAAUUUUUGAAAAUGCAAAAAAAAAAAGUUUUUUUGAAAUACUCGAGCGCGUCAGAUUUUCAUAGGGGAGGUUUAUCUCGGUAUCCUGAAAGCAUAUUUUUUUAAUCUGGAAAAAAUGUUGGUGGGUUCUCUUAAUCUGACCGAUUUUAUGAUGCUUCAAGUCAAAAAGUUUUAACUUUGGACAAAAAUGUAAAGAGACCUUUUUUGUGUAAAAUAAAAUUACCUUUUUUGUUUAUUUAAACUUUUUUUUUGUAAAAUGUAUCGUUCGCGACUUAUAUGCCGCAACGCGUUCUUAGGAAGACGAAAUGGCUCCUCCACACUUCCGGUCAUGCGGAAACCGGCAGAUUUUGUAUUUUUAGUAAGUUUUAGAUUAUAUUCUUCAAAAUAAAAAAUAAAAAAAUCGCGCUCGAGAAUGCCGGAUUAACGUUUUUUUUUACAAGUUCGCGACCCUAUAACUCGGCGGCGUCAAGGACUUAUCGUCAGAUUAGUUAAAUUUAGUCUUUAAACACUAAAAUCAACCCCCAAUAUCUUAAUCUGACGCGCUCGAGUAUUUCAGACUAUCCAUUUUUUUUUACUAAUCUGAUCGUCUAUCCUAGGCGCGCGUCACUACAUAUAGAGCUAAAUACUUUACAAGGUUGUUCUAUUAGGUCUAAGGUAUCUCUCAUAUCUUAAACUGCCACGCUCGAGUAUUGGCGAAAAUUCCCCUAUUCGCCUCCCUAACUAUUACAACUGUACUUUUUCUCACAGUAACUUAGUCGGACCAAGAUCUGCAUGGCAUUUGCAACGACAAAGUGUAGUGAUGUCAACAAUAAUGUCAAAUUUCUAUGAAAAUAUGACGUUUAUAAUGACCCUUCUUCACUUUUGUUAUGUUCAAGUCGGUGCAAAGUUAGAUUAGACGGACUCCACCCUCCUAAGGCUCAAGGUCCUACCUAUGGUACUUAUUCAGUUCGAUGAAAUUUAAAUCAUAUUCAAUUGGAAAAGCUGCAAAAUUAGUUUUGUUUCAUUCCAUUUUCAAACAAAACAAAAUGAACUCUAUCCCCUACACUAUAGGUUCCAAUUACAGUGGCAAAUUUUGAAUUUUUCAUAUGUAUGGCUGGGUCUUAGGAGGCUACUACUGUAAGAACAAGUCUAAUAUUUGCGGGCGAACUAUUGAGUAGCAUGCCCUGCUACCACUCUAUGUGCCACCUAUAUAGUCUGUUUGUGUGUGAGAAUGGUGUGUGGUCGAUGCAAUAUUAAUGUGUGUUUUAUAGAGGUUGAGUAUAGUGAUGGCGGAUUGGUGGCUUGUGUCCCGACCGACAGAAAUCUGAGAAAAAAAUAAGUUGGUAGCAUUCGCAGACGCGACUUUCGACUUUAUACAACUUCAUAUAAAGUUGAAUAUUGAUUUUGUUUUAAUCUUAAAUAUUGAUGUUAUAUCGGUACACGGCGGGAAAAAGUUGAUAAAUCGAGAUAUUUUGCUGAAGAAAUUUGAACUUUGAAUAAAACUGUUUAAGGUUCAAAUUUCUUCAAUUUUUUCCCGAAAGUUAUCAACUUCUUCCCGCCGUGUACGGAUAUAAUGUUAACAUUUCAAAGUUAUAGUCACUGUAGCAUAACUAAUUUAUCCCAUUUAUAUCAUAAAAAGUUGAAAACAUAAGAUAAUGUGACUUAGUAAUUCGACCAAUGAUAUAAUUUUUAAGAUAGAUAUAAAAGGUUUGUACCUCAUUGGGUGAAUGACCAAGUCAUUUUUUUCCGUUAUUUUGUAUUCGAAUGAAAUAAAGAGCUAUCUGUCGAUUGGGACACAGCCAUAUUGCAUUGUUGUUGUAUAAAUAAAGUUAAAUUUUUAAUACAUUUGUAAUCGUAAGACUUUUCCAACAUACUGUUUCAUACUUGUAAGCUCGGUGUCUUCUAUAGUCUGUUUGUAAGCAAUUUUUAAUGUCAAAUGUAAGUUGAUGCAAUAAUUUACUCGAAACUUACACCUGUAGCUUUUGUUGUAAAUAUAUAAUACAACAUAAUGACUAUGAUAUUAUUACAAAUGUAAUUGUAAUAUUAUGGUCAGUAUGCUAGUUCUUCAAUGUAAAUAGUGUAAUCAGUAUCACAAUCUGUAAAGUGUCAUGUAAGCAUUAUUUAAAUGUCAUAGAACUAGUUAAGGAGUUUUGCUUUGGUGAUAAAAUAUUUGUCCAAGUCAAAUCAGUCAAACAACACACGGCAGAUACACUGUCAUGUAGAAAGUUCCAAUGUAAAGCAUUUUGAAUUAAAAAAAAUAUCUUUGAUAGGUUAGUAAAAGCAAGUUCUCAUUUCUAGUAAGGGAUUUGAGAAUUCCAUACUAUCAAAAUGAGAGUUGUCUACCCUAUUUCAUACAAAUUCAAAUUAUUGGGAGAUAUAUUGUCAUCAAAGAAAACUUCCUAAAAUAUCAACAAGGCCUUAGCAUGUUAACUAUUGUUACUUUUUACAAAGUUUGGUUGCGAGUAUAUUACUGUUGAUAGGACAUGUUGCCAUGGUCUAUGUUACAUGCAUAUUAUAGGGUUUAAUAUAAUGUGAUCAAUCAAGUUAAGUUUCAUAUUUUAUUAAUAUAAUGUAGACUAUUAUAUAGGCUAUGUAAAUAUUUAACAAAAUACAAAAAUAAAAUUAAUAAUUUACUAA